UUUCGAAUUGACCGGCUCUUCACCUAACUAUGUACAGUGAAACGUGAAAUGGUUUGGGACACGAUACAGAUGACUACAUUUUUUAUUUCUCUCAAAUAAAAUAAAAUCUAGUUCAUGAAUGUGACCAAAUGUUUUGUUAAUCAUUUACUUAUUUAUUUUUAAUAGUUCUUUGACGGGUUGCUAUUUAUUAUUAUAUUUAUAGAAAUGAAGCGGAUGCCUUUUAUAAAUGCAUUGAAAGGCUUAAAAGAAGGUGGGUGGAUAAGAAACGAAGAGGAGGUACUAGUGGUGGUGUGAGUUGACGUGGAUGGAUAGGAAUGGUAACCAACAAAGCCUUUGUGCGUGUUUGUAAUAUAUUAUUAUUGGUUAGAUUUGUAUAAAUAACGUUACGCGUUCACACAAUCCACCACAUGUACCACGUGGCCUUCCAUAACUUCUACUCUUUCCAUUUGUAUUAAAAAUGCAGAGGGUUAGAUAGAGACUGAUCCGGACACUACUAGUUUGGGUAGUAAGUAAACGUAUUGGCACUGAUUUCACAUGAUGGUAAAUCGUAUAGAUGUGUUUGUUGUUUUAACAUGUGAAUAGGUCAGACACUUAUUAAGUAACCAACAAGCAUUUAACAACAAACAGAAUAUAAAGUCAACAACCACAAUUAUGUAAUGAGUGAGUUAAGUACGUAACACGAAACCGUGUGUUAUAAAAUACUACUAGUAAAAUAGCAUGUUAGAGAAAAAAAACACAUUUCGUAAAGAAGAAGGCGUUUCUUUCGUGUAGAAGUCAAACAAUAUUUAACAAGAAUAUUAGCAUCAUUUCUGUGGAGAAGAUGCGGUCUGCGUGUACACAAAGUUUUUUAUUCCCUUACAGCUCAGCUUGGUUUCGGUCCGCUAAGACUGUGAUUUUUAAACCCGCUCAUGAUGGGCUUUGUUGGGCUUGGCCAACGGACUUCCAACCCAUUUUGACAUCUUUCUUCCUUGUUUGGCUGUACAUAAUUCCAUUUCUCUUGUUUGUGAUUGAUUCACUUGUUCAUAAUGCAUCUCCAAUUAAUCGAAUGCAACAUGUCAAGGAGCAGGAGAAAUUGGAGCAAAUGUUUUGACACAUGAUAAUACCUGUAUGUUCUCAACUAUGUAUGAUUUAACAAUCUUCCCACGGUGAUAAUAUCUGUGGAUUCUUUGCUUCUGGCUUUUCUUUUUCUGUUUGUUUGUAAAAUGUCACUUAAUGGUCUAUGCUAGUCCUCAAGUUCGGAACAGAUCAUGUGAGUUUAGUCUUUCCAGAGAUCUGAAGGAGACAGGUUUGGCAUUGAUGAUGUUUGAUGCAAAAUCAUUUGACUUAACCGUAACAAAAAAAAAACACAAUCAUAGCACAGGUGAAUAAUCAUCAAAAGCCAUAGUACUUAUGUGAAUGUCACUUCAUAAUCAAUCUUCAUGGAGUUAUUACAGUCCAUCACUCACUCAUUAUUCAUUUUAGUUAGACCAAACCAAUCUAUGAAUUGGAGGAACUUGAAAAGCAACACUCUAGGCACACUCACACAGUGCUAUAUUACCACCUUUGAUUCACUCUUGUGUACCUAAUUCUGUUAAAUGCAAUUUUUAAGAUUAAAUUAAAAUAGAGAGACCCCACUGCAGUGGUUGGUUUGGUAAUUAUCUCUCCAUACAAAACUCACACUUUACUCUUUUAAUCGUUAAAAGUCUUGUAGAUGGGUAAUCUUCUUUAACUCUAACACAAUUAACCUAAUCUUUUGGUUAAUGCUUUUGGAUAACUUUUAUAUUAAUUUUGAUUUAGCCAAAUAUAAGCAUCAAAGCCUAAAUUUGGUUAUAUUUUCGCUUUAAAAUUUUAAUAACAUUCAUUGAAAUAUUCGUUGAGAUCGAUCACAAACCCUUUUCUUGUUUUGCAUGGUGCAUGAUGCAAAGAAAAGUAAAAGCAAUAUAUUCUUUAAUUUCUAUUGUCUUUUGUCUCUUAAAGAACAAAUUAAAGAGGCAAAAAAUGGGAUGCUUUUGCUUUCCCCCCUCCUUUGUUUGCGGUGUCUUUGCUUUUAUUUUUCUUUUUACAUAGUUAAUUUUGAAUUUGAAUCAGCUUUUCUUAUAUAUAAAUAAAAAGAAUAAAAACCAUUAUGUUUACUUAACAAUGGAUUCAAACCAACUAAUCAUUGAUUCCUUUAGCUUAUUUGAGCUUUCACUUUCUCUUUUAACUCUGUCUCUACCACAUGAAAACAAACUUAACACAAGAAACUCAUUACUCUCUUUCUCUGAUGGAGUAAGUAAACCAAAAAAGCUUAACCAUGACUUCUUCUCACACCACCUUGGCCUUCUUCUUCCUCUUCUUGGUUUUGGUUUCAGCUGAUUUAGCAUCAGACGAACAAGCCCUUCUCAGCUUUGCAUCAUCAGUCCCACACCCACCAAAACUCAACUGGAACAAGAACCUCUCUCUCUGCUCCUCAUGGAUAGGCAUCACAUGUGAACCCUUCAACCUCACCAGCCGCGUUGUAGCUGUCCGUCUUCCAGGAGUUGGUCUCUACGGCUCGAUCCCUCCAGCCACAUUAGGCAAACUAAACGCUCUCAAAGUCCUUAGCCUCAGAUCCAACUCUCUCUUUGGAUCUUUGCCUUCUGAUAUCCUCUCACUCCCUUCUCUUCAGUACCUUUAUCUCCAACACAACAACUUAUCCGGCCAACUCACUGAUUCCUUGCCGUCCACGCAGCUUCUUGUCUUGGACUUGUCUUACAACUCUUUCUCCGGUAACAUUCCUUCCACUCUCCGGAACUUGUCUCAGAUCACUGUUCUGUACCUUCAAAACAACUCUUUUGACGGUCAUAUUGAUUCUCUUGAUAACCCUAGUUUAAAGGUUGUAAACUUGAGCUAUAAUAACUUGAGUGGACACAUCCCUGAGAGUCUUAAGAACUCUCCAGAAGAUUCUUUCGUCGGAAACUCAUUACUAUGUGGCCCACCUCUCUCUCCAUGUUCCUCUACUUCAAUAUUGCCAAGACCUUUGACAGAGAAUCUCCAUCCUAUUCAGAAGAGACAGAGUAAAGCUUACAUAAUCGCUAUCGUAGUAGGAUGCUCUGUGGCCGUUCUUCUCCUCGGAGUCCUGUUCUUGGUUUGUCUGAUGAAAAGGACGAAGAGAGAGAAGCAAGGCGGUGAAGGAGGGCGACUACAGAUAGGUGGAGUGAACAGCAAGAAACCAGAGUUGGCUUUUGGGAGCGGAGUUCAAGAUCCAGAGAAGAACAAACUCUUCUUCUUCGAGAGAUGCAACCAUAACUUCGACUUAGAGGAUCUUUUGAAAGCUUCUGCUGAAGUUCUCGGUAAAGGAAGUUUCGGUACAGCUUACAAGGCCGUGCUUGAGGACACAACUGCUGUUGUUGUGAAACGUUUGAGAGAAGUCGUGGCGAGCAAGAAAGAAUUCGAACAGCAACUAGAAGUAGUUGGUAAGAUCAACCAGCAUCAGAACUUUGUGCCUCUCCUCGCUUAUUACUACUCGAAAGACGAGAAACUUUUGGUUUACAAGUACAUGACGAGAGGAAGCUUGUUUGGUAUCAUACAUGGAAACAGAGGAGGAGACAGAGGAGUGGAUUGGGAAACGAGGAUGAAGAUAGCGAGAGGGACUUCAAAAGCAAUCUCUUACCUACACUCGUUGAAGUUCGUUCACGGAGACAUCAAAUCCUCAAACAUACUUCUCACAGACGACCUCGAGCCGUGUCUCUCCGACACGUGUCUAGUCACGCUCUUCAACCUCCCGACUUACACGCCGCGAACCAUCGGUUACAACGCUCCAGAGGUGAUCGAGACGAAGAGAGUCAGCCAGAGAUCAGACGUUUACAGCUUCGGCGUGGUGAUUCUCGAAAUGUUAACCGGGAAGACGCCUUUGACUCAGCCUGGUCUCGAGGACGAGCGCGUGGUCAUCGACCUUCCGAGAUGGGUUCGGUCUGUGGUGAGAGAGGAGUGGACUGCUGAGGUUUUCGACGUCGAGCUCUUGAAGUAUCAGAACAUCGAAGAAGAAAUGGUUCAGAUGCUUCAGCUUGCGUUGGCUUGUGUGGCAAGGAAUCCAGAGUCGAGGCCGAAGAUGGAUGAGGUUGCGAGGAUGAUUGAAGAUGUGAGGAGAAGUGAUCAGUCUCAGCAGAACAGAACAUCAUCAGAGGCUACUUCGAAUGUCUCUGAAUGAUUCAGAAACAAAAAGACUAUGUUUCUAGAACUAUAUGUCUCUUUGAUCAAUUGCACUUUUGCGUCUUAUUGAAUGGUGUUGCUAUGCAUCUGUUUCUCUUUGAUUUGAAAUAAUGUCACUUUGUAACGUCGUUUCAUUAAACUUGAAGUAACUAGAGUGAAAUAUUCUACACA